AUGCGACACGACAAUGAAUUAGACGUUAUCGAGCCUACAAGCCAGGCAGCCCUGGCUCCGCGGUACCAAGAACACGACGCGGCGUCAACUGGAUCAAAGUUGGAGAGGAACAUUACUGCCGUGUCAAAUGAUGGGAGGGAGAGAGGGAAGUGGCAGGUGACUGCCAUUCUAAUCGCACUUUUUCUCUCCCUUUUCGUCGCAGCCCUAGAUGCUACUAUCGUCGCAACAGCCGCUCCUACCAUUUCUGCUGACCUCAACUCCUCCGCUGGCUACACAUGGAUUGGUGCCGCCUAUCUUCUUGCCAAUGCAUCCUCAGGCCCAAUCUGGGCCAAGCUGUCUGAUAUUUGGGGACGAAAGCCGAUUGUUCUAGCAGCGUUAGCAAUCUUCUUCGCAGCUUCAGUGGUUUGUGCGACGGCCAAAACUAUGAUGGCGUUGAUCGUUGGGAGAGCAUUUCAAGGUAUGGCUGGUGGUGGUCUUAUCUUGUUGGUGCAUGUCUGCAUCAGUGACCUGUUCAGUUUAAGGGUGCGCGGACUUAUUAUGGGAUUCACCGAGGGCAUCUGGGCAAUCGCUGGCGGUGUUGGGCCAAUCUUGGGUGGUGUCUUCGCCUCUCUUGUUUCCUGGCGAUGGUGCUUCUACAUCAAUCUUCCCAUCUGCGGUAUCGCUGCCAUCCUUAUCAUCGUUUUCCUUGACAUCCGCCACGAACACACGUCUUUCUUUGACGGUGUGAAGGCAAUCGACUGGACUGGAAUCGUCACCUUCCUGGCCUUUACUCUCAUGGUCCUUCUGGGCCUCAAUUUCGGCGGUGCCAUCUUCCCAUGGGACUCCGCCAAAGUCAUCGCGCUUCUCGUUGUCGGCGGCCUCAUGGUCCUCGCCUUCGUAUACAGUGAAGCUAAGAUCGCAAAGUACCCUUUGAUCCCGAUGGACAUCUUCAAGAACCGGUCCUGCGUCGCCGCCCUCGGAGUCGUCACCUUCCACGGCUUCGUCUUCAUCUCCGGCGAGUAUUACAUGCCUCUCUACCUGCAAAGCGUCCUCGAACUCAACCCUCUGAAAUCCGGACUACUCCUACUACCUUUUAUCGUACCGGGCGCUAUAGCAGGAGUCAUCUGUGGCGUCAUAAUUCACCGCACUGGCCACUUCCGCCCCAUCAUCUGGGUCGGUAGCGUCCUGCUCUGUCUCGGCUUCGGUCUCCUCAUCUCCCUCGACGCUAACGCAUCUAUCGGACCCUUGGUAGGCUUCCUCAUUGUCGCAGGCCUUGGCUCAGGCGUCCUUUUCGAAGCGCCCCUCAUCGCAGUACAAUCGCAAGUCGAGCAGAAAGACGUCGCAACCGCUACUUCCACCCUCUCCUUCAUUCGAAACAUGUCGCUCACCGUCUCGGUUGUCAUCGGCGGGACAAUCUUCCAGAACUCCAUGGAUGCUCGCGCGGGGUUUUUGAAGGCUGCGGGUCUUCCGCAAGAUGCUUUGGAGAAGUUAGCUGGUGAGAGCGCGAUGGCUAAUGUGCAUCUUCCAAGUACCUUCAACAAUAAGGCCUGGGAAAUGGCUGCUAAGGAGGCGUUCGCAUAUGCGACGAGGAAUAUGUGGAUCACGUAUACGGCGUUUGCGGGCCUUGGAGUCGUGGCAAGUGUUUUUGUAGGUAAGGCGCAUCUCAGCACUGAGCAUGUUGAAACUGUCACUGGACUGAGGAGAGAGAAAGUUGCAGAACCCGCAAAUGUGUAG